AAUAAAGAGCUUGCUGGGAAUCGCCUUAAUGAAUUGGAGGAACUACGUCAGGAUCUUGAGGAAGUAACAACACAAAAUGAAAAGCUCAAGGUUGAGCUGCGACGAGCAGUGGAAGAGGCUGUGAAGGAGACCCCGGAAUAUCGCUGCAUGCAGUCCCAGUUUUCUGUUUUGUAUAACGAGAGUCUCCAGCUGAAGGUGCACCUUGACGAGGCCCGCACACUGCUCCACAGCACCCGUGCCACACACCAGCGCCAGGUUGAACUGAUUGAGAGGGAUGAGGUCAGCCUUCACAAGAAGCUACGCACUGAGGUGAUUCAGCUGGAGGACACCCUGGCACAAGUCCGCAAAGAAUAUGAAAUGUUGAGGAUAGAGUUUGAACAGACACUUGCUGCCAAUGAGCAAGCAGGCCCAAUUAAUCGGGAGAUGCGUCACCUCAUCAGCAGCCUCCAGAAUCACAACCACCAGCUGAAGGGAGAGGUGUUGAGAUACAAGCGCAAACUGAGAGAGGCCCAAUCUGACCUGAGCAAGAUCCGCUCUCGCAGUGGCAGCGCUCUCCUCCAGACCCAGUCCAGCACUGAAGACACAAAGGAGGAACCUGCAGAGGUCAAGCAGGAGCCUGAUGAUCCUUCUGCCCAAGUGUCUGUUCCCAAGGCUGCUUCUGAAGAUGUUCAUGAAAUGAAGGCCAGACGAGACGAAGAGGAACGGGAGCGGGAGAGACGAGAAAGGGAGAGGGAACGAGAGAAGGAGAAAGAGAGAGAACGAGAAAAAGAGAAAGAGAAGGAAAAGGAACGAGAGCGGGAAAAGCAGAAGCAGAAGGAAUCAGAGAAGGAGAGAUAAUUGAAAGAGAAGAAAGGGAAGCAUGAAGAGGGAAGAAAGAAGGAGGCUGAAGUGGUCAAGCAGCUGAAGGCUGAGCUCAAGAAGGCCCAGGAGAGCCAGAAGGAGAUGAAACUGUUGCUAGAUAUGUACCGAUCAGCCCCCAAAGAGCAGAGGGACAAAGUGCAGCUGAUGGCAGCUGAGAAGAAGGCAAAAGCUGAGCUUGAAGAACUGCGGCAGAGGGUGAAAGAAUUGGAAGAAAAAGAACGAAAGGAGAGUAAAAAGAUGGCUGAUGAGGAUGCCCUCCGCAAGAUCCGAGCAGUGGAGGAACAGAUUGAAUAUUUACAGAAGAAACUUGCUAUGGCUAAGCAGGAGGAGGAGGCCCUGCUGUCAGAAAUGGAUGUGACAGGCCAAGCCUUUGAAGACAUGCAAGAACAGAACAUCCACCUGAUGCAGCAGCUGAGGGAGAAGGAUGAUGCCAACUUUAAGCUGAUGUCAGAACGUAUCAAGUCCAACCAGAUCCAUAAGCUGCUGAAAGAGGAAAAGGAGGAGAUGGCAGACCAGGUUCUGACACUGAAAACACAGGUAGUAAUGAAAAACAAGAGAGGACAAGAGAGCUGGUGGAGAAGGUGGAAGUGUUGUGGGUUAUCUGUUUUAGGCAGCUGCACACAGGCGUUUGCUCACUCUGCCACUGAGGGAAAGGGGAAAGAAUCAGAAAGGACAAAAUGAGAAAACAGGCGAGAU